AUGUCUGAGCGCACCGUGUCCAACCUUCACGAACACGCUCUCAGACAGGUCCAGUCCUCAGGCGAUCUCCCCCAAACCGAGCCACCAGCUCGACCAGCUCGCUCAAGCCUCCACGGCAGUCCCACCAUGAACAAUCCAACUGGCCGGGCGUCAAGCGGCAUCCGGGGUGCGCAAUCUGAGCGGCUUCGCAUGCCACUGAGCCCUGGAUCCAUGUCGUCUUCCCCCAUUGCUAUGCCUGAGCCUGCCCGUGCUCGUCCCCAGAGUCCUCCGCUACCAUGGGAUCUGUCUCGUGUGAACACUGCAGCCCCGAUUGAUGCGCGACCAGAGGCCGGUGGCCCAGACAGCGAGCCACGAUCCAUGCUCUACACAGUCUUGGAGCUGAUAGGGUACUCAGGUGCAAACGCAAAGGCACGCAGGGAGACGUUGUCGCUGAUAUGGAAUUUGGCGUUCAAUCUGGCGCAGUUUGUCAUUAUUGUAACCCUGCUAGCCUACUCAUCCCACCAUGAAAGUCCCACGAAGCCCGGAUUGUCUGAGUGGCGUGCUUGUGAGAGACCACUAGGUGUAUGGGACUCGAUCUGGUUGAUCCGAGUGGCAUUGGGUACUUGGCUGUCAUACUGGGGCUACAAAAGGGACCGACGAGCACGAGCACUCCAAGAGCAGCGGGAGAGGACUGGCGAUAUUGAGUCCCCCAUCCAUCAUACGGUUGGAAUGAACGGGAGACCAGCGCCGCCACACAGACCUCCCCCGCGUCCUAUGAGGCCUGGUGGCUCUCCUGGGCAUACUCACGAUGCUAGUCCCCCGACAAUCCAGCCUCCACCUCUCCCACAUUCAAAUGCUUACUCUCGACUGUCUCUGCUGGCCACGUUCAUGUCCCUCGCGUGGUUCCUGACUGCUCACAUUCUCGAGUACACCUCUGUCAACAGCUGCCGGUACUCUUCGCCCCAUCUGUGGUGGCUCACGUUCGGUAUCCUUUGCAUUCUGUACCUGAUGAUCCUGGAGAUCUUCCUGCUUGGACUGCUUGUCUUUGUCUUCGGACCUGUCAUUUACUUGCUGUGGACUGUCAUCCUGCUGUGCCUGGGCAGACACCCUCUCCAAAACCCACAUUACAUCAAGCCCGAGAUCGGCAAGCUGCCUAAGUCUAUCGUCGACCAGAUUCCCCUUGUGCUCUACAUCCCUACACCACCAGAGGAUGCUGACAAUCCCAAGUCCCCGAUCCCUGUUCCGUCGCCGUCCUACUCGUACCCACCGAAACGCUCCAGCACAGCCGCGCCGCCUAAACGCCGAUUCGCGUUCCUUCGGAAAAUGAAAGGCCGGAAGGACAAGACCAAGGGCAGCACCGGUGUAUCCGGGUCCAGCGAGAAGGAUGCGAAACCGCACGAUAAGCACAAGCGCGCGGCUGCGAACCCGGAAAAGUUGACAUGGGAGGACAACUGGGAGCCGGGUGAGUAUCCAUUCGUGCGGCUCGAAGGGAACCGUGCCGUGUGCGCGAUCUGCUUGCUGGAUUUUGAGGAGCCGCAGAGGACGGGCGAGUCGACUGAGGCCGAGAAGAAAUCGGAAAGUUUUGCGGCGGGACCCGACAGUGCCCCUGCUCAGGCGGUACAAGAAGUGCGAGUGGACGAGGUGACGCAGGAGGACAGAAAUCGCCUACAUCUAGACGACGCAGGGGAAGGUGCGCAGCCGUUGCGGCUACUGCCCUGCGGACAUGUCUUCCAUCAAACAUGCGUGGACCCAUGGUUGAUCGACGUAUCGGGGCGAUGCCCGACGUGCCAACGUCCGGUGGAAUUGCCGAAUGGACAGGGUAAGAAAGGCCAACGAGGGCCACGGACAUAG